GUUUUUGGUUCCUUUUAUCGAGUGGAGAUCUAUAAUAAAAUUUAAUGGUUGACCUCCCUCCUCUUUCCAUUUUAUUGUCCUGAUUUCUUUUCCCUGUGGCCGGAAAGCUUUGAUUUCAGUUUGAUCCUGAAGUUCUUCAAGCAGGCCCUUUGGCCGAAAGGCUGUGUUAUUCCGGCAUGCGGGGUCGUCCAACAACGCGGGAGCUAUCCUCGACAUACAAGCGUAUGAAUGUGCCCGAUAGGGAAGAAAAUUCAGCUCUUUUGCAGAAUGGUGUGGGCGUCCAAACAACAAACCCUUCCUGGCAGCGUUCUCUUCCCCAUGUACUUGUAUCAACCAUUACGUCAUUCUUAUACGGUUACCAUCUUGGAGUGGUUAAUGAACCACUUGAAAGCAUUUCUUUAGAUCUUGGUUUUAGUGGGAAUACCUUGGCUGAAGGUUUAGUGGUGAGCACAUGCUUAGCUGGUGCGUUUGUUGGAUCUUUAUUCAGUGGUUGGAUUGCAGAUGGGGUUGGUCGCUGCAGGGCUUUCCAAUUAAGUACUUUACCAAUGAUUAUUGGUGCUUCCAUAAGUGCCACAACAAAAAAUUUGGAGGGUAUGCUUCUUGGGAGGUUUUUAGUUGGAACAGGAAUGGGUCUGGGCCCGGCUGUUGCAUCUCUCUAUGUGGCAGAGGUUUCACCUUCUUUUGUGAGGGGUACAUAUGGAAGCUUCAUCCAGAUUGCAACAUGUUUUGGGCUUAUGGGUGCUCUGUUCAUUGGAAUCCCUGCCAAAGAAAUUGUUGGUUGGUGGCGGGUGUGUUUCUGGGUAUCUGCUGUUCCUGCUGCAAUACUUGCGCUUGCCAUGGUGUUCUGUGCAGAGAGCCCCCAUUGGCUUUACAAGCGAGGAAGAUAUGCGGAAGCUGAAGCUGAAUUUGAGAAGCUCUUAGGUGAAUCAUAUGUCAAAAGUGCAAUUGGUGAACUGUCAAAGUUGGACAGAAGUGAUGAUGUAGAAGCGGUAAAGUACUCAGAGUUAUUCCGUGGUCGCCAUUUCAAAGUUGUUUUUAUUGGAUCAACCUUAUAUGCUUUCCAACAAUUGUCUGGUAUUAAUGCCGUAUUCUAUUUCUCUUCAACCGUCUUUAAAAGAGUGGGGAUGCCAUCAGACCUGGCAAACAUCUGUGUAGGAGUUGCAAAUUUGUCUGGGUCGAUUGUUGCGAUGAUUUUGAUGGAUAAAAUGGGAAGGAAGGGGCUUCUUUUGGCAAGCUUCACGGGCAUGGCAGGAGCAAUGGGAAUCCAGGUCACUGCAGCAGGUUCUUUCUUACCAGGCUCUGCAGCUAUGUGUCUAUCUGUCAGUGGGAUGUUACUGUUUGUCUUAACUUUUGCAGUGGGUGCUGGUCCAGUCCCUGGUCUUCUCCUUCCUGAAAUUUUCCCCAGCAGAAUUCGGGCAAAGGCUAUGGCAGUCUGUCUAUCUGUACAUUGGGCUAUAAAUUUCUUUGUGGGAUUGUUGUUCUUGCGUCUCCUGGAAGUACUUGGGCCACAAGUCUUGUACUCAAUAUUUGCUACUUUUUGUUUGAUGGCUGUGGUUUUUGUGAAGAGGAAUGUCAUUGAAACCAAAGGAAAAUCACUCCAAGAAAUUGAGAUAACACUUCUUCCACAGGACGUCAACUAAGGUAAGAUGGAUGGACAAUUUGGAGAUGUAAUUCUCACGUCGGUGAUGGCCUGGUCUGUUUGCUUUGCUAUUUUUGUCGAAAGUCGUCCAUGUGGAUUUAUAUUCACACAGUUUGAUGGUGACAAAUAGUCAAGCUUCAUCGGGCGAUAGUUAGGCUGGUGUAAUGUUCUUGAGAGAAUUCUGUGUGAAUAUAUUGAGAGCAACAUGAUAUCAAUGUAGCCUUCCAUCUUAACAUACUUAUAAUUGAUUCCUUCUUUCUGUGAGGAUGUUAAGUUCAUCAAUGGUACUAUGAAGAAUAAGAUGGAUCUGUCAUUAA